AUGGCGGAAUCAACACCAUUUUUUGUUGAUAGAGCUAAAAGUGGCAGGGCUUCUUGUAAAGGAUGUAAAACUAACUGUCCUAGUGGAGAGUUACGACUGGCCAAACUGGUAGCCAGUCCAUACGGGGAAGGCCAAAGUAUGAAAUCAUGGUAUCAUGUAGAUUGUUUCAUGAAUGUGUUAUUAAAACAGCGGCCCGCUACUAAACGUGUAGAUUCUAUUGAUGAUAUUGGCAAUUGGGAGAAUAUAAGUAUAGACGACCAGGAAUUUAUAUUAAAGAAGCUCAAUGAAAUGGAGAAACUGUAUGCAGAUAAAAAUAGUGGAAAAUACACAGCAAAAGUGAUAAAAAAUGUUGCUGCCCCUAAACCUAGUAUAGAUAUCUCUAGUACAAGUAAAGAUGUUGUUGACAGUUGUAAAAAGGAAGUGGAAACUGAUGAUGACAAGUUUUUUACAUUUUUUAAACUCUGCAAAAAGAUUUCAAGAGUAGAUGCUUACACAGAUAAAACAGCAGUUGUCAAUGAUUUCUUCAGAAAUGGCACUAAUGAAAACUCAUUUCAAGGCGACCUUACUUUAUGGUGUAAGUUAUUGUUACCACAGGUAUCAAAAAGAGUUUAUAAUUUAAAAAGUAAACAAUUGGUUAAAUUGUUUUCAAAAAUAUUUGGUAUGGAUCAUGAUGACAUGUUAACUCAUUUAGAACAAGGAGAUGUUGCUGAAACUAUUCAUCAUUUCUUUUUAAAAUCAAAAGUUGAACCAGCAAAAGAUAGUACACUUACAAUACAAAAAAUUGACCAAUUCUUAGAGGAUUUAUCGAAACUGACUAAAGAAGAAGAACAAAUUUACCAUUUUAAGAAAAUUGUAAAGAAAUGUACUGCUAAUGAUUUAAAAAUGCUCAUUAGAUUGAUAAAAGGUGAUUUGAGAAUAAAUGCAGGACCUAAACAUAUACUCGAAGGUGUUCACCCAGAUGCUUAUAGCGUUUUUCAAACAUCCCGAGACCUUAAUAUGGUUUUAGAUAGAAUUUUAUCUGAAAGCAGUACUGUAAAACACAAGGAUGCUAUGCAGAAGGGUUUUCAAGCAAAACUAUCUCUUAUGACACCCAUUUUGCCAAUGUUAGCUGAGGCUUGCAAGUCUAUAGAAAUGGCAAUGAAAAAAUGCCCUAAUGGAAUGUUUUCUGAAAUUAAAUAUGAUGGUGAAAGGGUUCAAGUUCAUAAGAAGGGGAAGGAGUUCAAAUAUUUUUCAAGGGCCUUAAAGCCUGUAAUGGCACAUAAAGUCAGUCAUUUCAAGGAUUAUUUACCGCAAGCUUUUCCUAAAGGAACGGACCUAAUUUUAGAUGCUGAAGUGCUUAUGGUUGAUGUGAAUACCGGAAAACCAUUACCAUUUGGUACUCUGGGUGUUCAUAAGCAAUCAGAAUUCAAAGAUGCACAAGUGUGUUUGUUUGUAUUCGAUUGUUUAUUUUACAAUGGCCAAGUAUUAAUAGACUUACCCAUAAGGAAGAGAAGACAGUUUCUUCUCGACAAUAUGGUUGAAGUAACAAAUCAUGUUAUGUUUUCUGAACAGAAAUUGAUUGAGAAGCCAUCAGAUCUAGCUAAGAUGAUUGCUGAGGUACUAGAACUUGGGUUAGAAGGUUUAGUAUUAAAAGACUUGGAGUCUACUUAUGAGCCGGGCAAGAGACAUUGGCUCAAAGUGAAGAAAGAUUAUCUAUUUGAUGGCGCAAUGGCUGAUACCGCUGAUCUUGUUGUUUUGGGAGCUUGGUUUGGCACUGGCAAAAAGGGUGGCAUGAUGUCAGUAUUUCUGAUGGGCUGUCAUGACACGCGAAGAAACAAAUGGGUUACCGUUACUAAGGUUCACACGGGUCACGAUGACAGUACAUUGGAACGGCUGCAGAAGGAAUUGACACCGCUUAUGGUUAAAAUAUCGCAAGACAGCAAUAAAGUGCCGUCUUGGUUAGAUUGUAAUAAAGGGAUGGUGCCCGAUUUUGUUGCUGCAGAUCCUAAAAAACAACCUGUUUGGGAAAUUACUGGAACCGAAUUAACAAAAGCCAACCUACACACAGCUGAUGGUAUCUCAGUAAGGUUUCCAAGAGUAACGCAAAUACGAGACGACAAGGAUUGGAAAUCAGCAACCAACUUAGAAGAGCUGAAACAUUUGUACAAAACUUCUAAAGAAAAAACAGACGUAUCACUUUUGAAUAAAUUAGCCGAUGCCGCAAACGAUGAACCCCCUUUAAAAAAAAUAAAACCUAAUUCUUCUAAAACCAAAGAAAGUCCAACAAAAGUUACUAAAAUCAGCCCUAAAAAUAGAAUAGAUAAGUUCCUUGUUAAAAAAGAAGAGAAACAGUCUAAGGUAAAAUUAGAAAAGUCAGACGUUGAAAUGCAAGAUGUUGCUAAAAGAGAAGACAAAAAGCAUAAAGUAAAAUACGAAAAGUCAGACUCCUUACAUAAAGAUUCGUCAGACGUUGAUAUGCAAGAUGUUGUUGAAAGGGAAGAGAAAAAGCCUAAAGUAAAAUUAGAAAAGUCAAACUCAUCAGAUAAAGAUUCGUCAGACGUUGAUAUGCCAGAUGAAAACAAUAAGAGCGUGGAUGAAAUAGAUAGUAAAGACUUUCCAUUUAUGCCAGAAAAUCCCCUACCUGAUGUAUAUAAAGGCAAAAAACUGGGAUUCUAUCCAGAUUUCCUAAGUUUUCCCGAAGAUGAACGAAACCAUUUCGAAAGGCACUGGAUAGCAUAUGGAGGAACAGUUGUCAAAGCUAUCCGUUCAUUGGACGUUGAUUUUCUUCUUCACAACAAUAAAAGUAUAGAAUUCGAGAAAAUAAAAAAUUUCAAAAGAAAAUUACCUGCAGAUGUGAGACAUGUUCAUAAAAACUGGUUAAUGAAAUGUAUAAAUGAUGUUUGUUUGUGUGAUACGACUAAAUUUGCCGUUCGUGUGGAGCCUUGA